CGGGACGUAAGCGCGGGCCUCCCGCCCGGCAGCGCCGAGCCGGUGUAUGCCUUCGCCGUGUGGUGACUCCCAGCAGCGAGCCCGUAGCUGAACUCUUCGUCGUUUUCUUUUAAGAUCUUCGUGUUUUGGGGCAGCGAGGUGCGGGGCUAGCUGGGCUUCACCUUCCGAGGCCGGGCUGGGUGCUUAGGAGAGGGAUAGCUGAAGGAAAUGGCUCACCCUGCAAGUCUCUCUGCAUCUUACAGAGUUGGGUUUUGUUUAACAGGUGUAGUUACAAAUACUGGAAGAGACUCUCAUUAAAUUACUUUUUUGGGUUAGGAUCCACCAUGCUUCUGUCCCAUCCUGGACUGCUGUUUGGUUUGUGGCCCAGUGUUGCUUUUUUAAAAUGGAGUUCAGGUGCUUUUUUUCAGCUAGUGAAGGGGGGAGGGAAGAGAAAACAUAUUAACGGAGGGAAAGGUAGAUUUGUGAACUGUUGCUUAAAAGGAAGGAGAAUAUUUCAUGUGUUGCCAUGUCUGAAGAUGCUUUAUUGGAAGAGGACAUUUGGGAGUACAAGUCCAUUAGGAAGGAAAAGUGUCAGAGUAAUUCAGAGAGCAUCUCUACACCUGUGCAGAACGUAAGUGAUAGCAAGUGCAGGCCAAAAAGAAAGAAAAAUAGAAAUAAAAAAAAAUCCAUAGAAAAAACUGAUACGCUUCAGAAAACUGAGCAGAGAUCGAGGCCAAAUCAGGAUGUAGAUGAAUGUAAAGAUGACAGCAGUGUGCACUCCCAGGAAAGCGUGAGUAGCCUGACGGAACAGAGCUCACCAAAUGCAAAGCCUAUUCAUGAUGGAUACUGCCCGAGCUGCCAGAUGCCUUUCUCUUUGCUAUUGGUCCAGACACCUCGAUGGCAUGUUGCUGAAUGUUUGGAUACUCCAGGAUCCAUUGAAAAAGAGUGUCCUGAUGGUUUACUGUGCAAUUCCACCAUUCCAUCCCACUACAAGCGUUACAGCCAUUUUCUACUUGCAGCAAGCAGGGCAGGAGAUUAUCUUGUAAACUCUUCAGCAAACACUUUGGAGAGAAAGAUGACAUGUUCUACUACUGCAAAGCUCAGCUGUUCCCCAAGUCAUGUAGAGGAAAUCUCACAGAAUAAGAAACCAUCUAAUAAUGUAACAAAUGUCCCGAGUGAUGAUUGUACAUUGAUGGUACAGAGAUCACCGCAAAUGAAGUCUCUAAAUAUAAUCAGUGAAAGUACUUCCUCUUUUGCAGAUAUUCAAAAGCCUCAACAGACAUUUCAGCUUACACAGACCACAGAUGAUAGUUGUAAAUUUGAGUUUUAUGACUUUGCAUCUUCUCAAGAAAGUGGAACAGGAGAAGACCUGUGUAGUCAGAAAGAUACAAAUCAGCCAAGUCUACUACAGUCAAAAGCGGACUUCAGUGAUUGUGAAAUUUCUUAUUCUCCACUUAGUACUUUUGAGGAAAGUGAAGAGGAAACUGAGGAAGAGGAGAAGAAAUUAAAAAUAUCACAAAAUAAAUCAUUCAAAGUCUGGAACUUUGAAGAUGAAGAAUCUAAUUCCGUGGUGUUUAAAACAUUUGAUGGACUUCUCUUACAGCAGAAGCCUCAGUAUGAGCAUAGCAAAAUGGGAAAUUUCAUAAUUAAAAAAAACAACUGUGAGGAAGCAAAUACAUUGAACCAUCUAAAUCAUAGUGUAAAAACUGUUUCUCAGAGUCACAUGAACAGCAAGUUAUGUAAUUCAACAUGUGCAGACAAUCAGCAUCAGGAAGAGGUGCUAACCAGCGGAUCCUCUUUUCUUUUUAAUUGUGAGGAGGUUGAACAGCCAGAACUGAUUUCCUCUGCUGCUAAAGCAGGUAACGCAGAGUCAGAAGAUACUGGUGCUUGUGCUUUGGAUUCUGCAUACAUGAGUUUUACUGAGACAUCAUCAUUGCUAGUCAGAGAAGAUGCUGGGUCUCUUCUGACACAGAAAAGUAAUGUUUUCAGGGACCAAAGUAAUACUUUAACUAAUACAGAUAAAAUGACUGCCAAUGCAGUUGAAAAAACAGCUCUCCAGGAGAGUUUGCAGUCGGUAGUGGAGAAAGAAGGAAAUCUUAAUACAGCUGCAGUGUGCUUUCCCAGCCCAAUCUCUAAAACGGUACCAUCUCUUUCUUUAGCAAGUAUGAAUGCUAAAUCCAGUUCUGCCAAAGAACUCAAACAAAUGGACAUUGGUGUUUUCUUUGGGUUAAAACCCAAAGUAAAAGAGGAAAGCAAAGGAGAGACAUGUUUGAGUGAGGGAAAGCAGAUACCAAGUUCACUAACUCCCAAUGGAAAGAGGCCCAGACAGCAGAAAAGGAAAGCUGAAGGGUCUGUGGAAGAUGGAGAAGCAGUUACAGAAAGUUCAAGUAAAAAUGGAGCCUUUGCAGAUGUAAGUUCUGGUAGCAAACAAAGGUGGAGAAAAAAAUUUAAAGAAUUAUCUACUACAGGUGAAGGAACAAGAAAAAAACACUGCCCUUUCUACAAGAAAAUACCAGGAACUGGUUUUACAGUUGAUGCCUUCCAGUAUGGAGAAAUUGAAGGCUGCACAGCUUAUUUCCUUACUCAUUUUCACUCUGAUCACUAUUGUGGGUUAACAAAAAACUUCAUGUUUCCAAUCUACUGUAAUAAGAUAACUGGCAAUCUGGUGAAGAGCAAACUUGGAGUCAAAGAGCAGUACAUCCACAUGCUGCCGAUGGACACAGAAUGUGUAGUGAAUGGGAUCAAAGUGAUGUUGCUCGAUGCCAAUCAUUGUCCAGGUGCAACAAUGAUCCUUUUCCGUCUACCAAGUGGAAGUGUUAUUCUGCACACAGGAGACUUCAGGGCAGAUCCUUCUAUGGAGCGCUACCCUGCUUUGAUUGGUCAACAAGUCCACACCCUUUACCUUGAUACCACAUACUGUAGUCCUGAAUACACUUUUCCUUCUCAACAAGAGGUUAUCCAGUUUGCUGUCAAUACUGCCUUUGAGACAGUGACUUUAAACCCGCGUACUCUAGUCGUCUGUGGCACCUACUCCAUUGGAAAAGAAAAAGUUUUUUUAGCAAUUGCUGAAGUCCUGGGCUCAAAAGCAAGUAUGUCCCGUGAUAAGUACAAAACACUGCAGUGCUUGGAGUCAGCCGCUGUUAAUUCCCUCAUCAGUGUGGACUGGGAUGGUACUUUGCUUCACGUUCUUCCCAUGAUGAAGAUUAAUUUUAAGGCCUUGCAAGAUCACUUGAAUAAGUUUUCUGAGAAUUUUGAUCAAGUUCUGGCUUUCAAACCUACUGGGUGGACCUACUCUGAUUCAUGCCUUUCUUUGGUGGAUAUCAAACCUCAGACAAGAGGAAAGAUCACCAUAUAUGGGAUUCCUUACAGUGAACACAGCAGUUACCUGGAAAUGAAGCGUUUUGUUCAAUGGUUGAAGCCACAGAAAAUCAUCCCCACUGUAAAUGUUGGUGACUGGAGAGCCAGAAGCUUGAUGGAGAAGCAUUUUAGAGACUGGAUGAUUGAGGGCAGUAAACAUAAAUAAAUAUAAGGAAGAAUAUAUAUUUCAAAGGAGGUAGGCUGGAGUGGGAAUUGUGAGUUCCUGUGAGUUUUAUUUAACUCAUUUUUCCACGGAGUUUUCUUUAGGGAGGACUAAGCUGCCA